AUGGCCUCUUUCUUUUCUGAUUUUGGUCUUAUGUGGUACCUGAAAGAGCUAAACAAGAAAGAGUUCAUGAAGUUCAAGGAGGUCCUCAGGCAGGAGAUAGCAGAGAGUGGGCUGCAGCACAUUCCCUGGAACGAAGUGAAGAAGGCAUCCCGGGAACACCUUGCCAACUUACUGGUGAAGCAUUAUGAGCAGAAAGCCUGGGAUGUGACCUUCAGAAUCUUCCAGAAUAUCAAUAGGAAGGAUCUCAGCGAGAGGGCAGCAGAAGAGAUGGCUGGACACUCAAAGAUGUAUCAAGCUUAUCUGAAGAAUAUGCUGAGCCAUGUUUGGUCCAGAAAGUUCAAAAUCGCGAUUGAGUGUUUCGGGAAUGAGGACCUCACCCAGGACAACUGCAGCCGUUUAUGGAAUCUUUUCGUGCCAAAGGCAAAUGAGAAGCCACACACCGUGCUCCUGAUAGGAAUGUCAGGAGUUGGCAAGACAGUGUUCUUGGCCCAGUUAAUGCGAGCCUGGUCAGAAGGCCUGAUGUUUCAGAACGAAUUCUCCUACGUCUUCUACCUGUGCUGUCACGAAAUAAAGCAGUUGAAGACGGCGAGCCUGGCCGACCUGUUGUCCAGAGAGUGGCCCAGACCCUCAGCUCCCAUAGCAGAAAUAGUAUCCCAGCCUGCAAAGCUCUUGUUCAUCAUUGACAGCUUGGAAGGGCUCAAUUGUGAUUGGUCUGAACCGGAAUCGGAGCUGUGUGAUAAUUGGAUGCAGAAGUGUCCCGUGAGUAUACUCCUGAGCAGUCUUCUCAGGAGGAAGUUACUCCCAGAAUCCUCUCUCCUCAUCACAGCUACCCCAGAGGCUUUCGAGAAGUUGGGAGACAGGAUAGAGUACACAGUUAAGAACUUCGUGACAGGGUUCAAUGAGAACAGUAGGAGGUCGUGUUUCCAGAGGGUGUUCCAAGAUGAGGACACAGCCCAAGAAGUCUUUACGUUGGUGAGGGAAAACGAACAGUUGUACAAUAUAUGUCACGUUCCUUCACUCUGCUGGAUGGUGGCUACUUGUCUAAAUGAUGAGGUAAAGAGGGGAGGACACCUGAGCGCCGUCUGCCGGUGUACCACCUCCGUGUUCGCCGCUUACGUUCUCAAUUUGUUCAUUCCCCAAAGUGCUCACUAUCCAAGUAAGAAAAGCCAAGCGCUGUUGCGAGGCCUGUGUUCCGUGGCGGCUGAGGGCAUGUGGACUGACAACUUUGCCUUUAACCAGAAGGAUCUUGAGAAAAACGGGGUCUUCCACUCAGACAUCUCCACACUGCUGAACAUGAAGAUUCUUCUAAAGAGCAGGGACUCCAAGAAUCUCUACACAUUCUUCCACCCAUCCAUCCAGGAGUUCUGUGCCGCCCUGUUUUAUCUGGUGAACAGCCACGUGGACCACCCUAGUAAAGAUGUCCUCUGUGUGGAGACACUCCUGUUUACAUUUCUAAAGAAAGUCAGGGUGCAGUGGAUCUUCUUGGGCUGCUUCAUCUUUGGCCUGCUACACAAAUCAGAACAAGCAAAGCUAGAGGCGUUUUUUGGCUACCAGUUGUCCCAGGAGGUAAAGCAGACGUUGUGUCAGAGCCUGGAAAAGAUAAGUGCCGACGAAGAACUUCGGAAACAAAUCGAUGACAUGAAACUGUUUUACUGUCUAUUUGAGUUGGAGGAUGACGGCUUUGUCACGCAGGUGAUGACCUUCCUGCCGCAGAUCAAGUUUGUGGCUAAGGAGUAUUCUGAUCUGAUCGUGGCCGCCUACUGCUUGAAGAACUGUUCCACACUGCAGAAGUUAUCCAUUUCAACCCAAGACAUCCUGCAGGAAGAAAAGGACCCCAGCUAUCUGAAAAAGCUGCUCCUCCGUUGGCAAGAUUUGUGUUCUGUGCUUGGAAGCAGUCAGCAAAUCCAGGUCCUGCAGGUGAAAGACACUUAUCUCAACGAGUUGGCCUUCUUGGAGUUGCAUAAUCACCUGAGGAAUCCCAGCUGUGCUCCUCGUAAAUUCCUGGUAAAUAACGUGUCCUUCUUGUGCAACAACCAACUGUUCUUUGAGCUGCUGACUCAGAACCAUAACCUGCAUCACCUGGACCUCAGCCUCACUUCUCUCUCCCGAAGCGAUGUCAAACUGUUGUGUGAAGUUCUGAACCAGAAAGGGUGUCACAUAGAAGAGCUCCUGUUGUCAGGCUGCCAGCUUUCCCAUGACGACUGCAUAAUCUUUGCCUCCAUCUUGAUCAGCAGCAAGAAGCUGAGGCAUCUCAAUGUCUCGUACAACAACUUGGACAAAGGGAUGUACUUGCUGAGCAAGGCUUUGUGCCACCCAGACUGUGUUCUGAAGGACUUAGUGUUGGCUAGCUGCUCCCUCAGUAAGCAGUGUUGGAACUACCUUUCUGAUGUUCUGAAGCGAAACAAAACCCUGAGCCACCUAGACAUCAGCUCCAAUGACCUGCAGGACGAAGGUCUGAAGGUUCUCUGCCAGGCUCUGAGUCUCCCGGACAGUGCCCUGAAGUCACUAUUUUUGAGACGUUGUCUCAUCACCAGUAGUGGCUGCCAGUAUCUGGCCGAGGUCCUCAGCAGCAACCAGAACCUGAUAAGCCUCCAGGUUUCCAACAAUAAGCUUGAAGAUGCCGGCGUGAAGCUGCUGUGUGAAGCUAUCAAAGAACCCAACUGCCGCUUAGAGAAUCUCGGGUUGGAAGCCUGUGAGCUAACUGGUGCCUGUUGUGAGGACCUGGUUUCUGCUCUUAGUCAAAAUGAAACCCUGUGGGCAAUCAACCUGCUGAAGAACGCCUUGGACCUCAGGGGGUUGGCUAUGCUGUUUGAGGCUCUGAAUGUCCACGGGUGUUCCCCGAAUGUGCUUGGGCUUCAAAUUACUAUCCCUGAUAAGGAAACCCAGGAGCUUCUGAUUGCCGAGAAGAAGAAAAAUCCCUACUUGGCCAUCCUAAGCCGUGUGUAA